CAAUACGGAGUCAUAAGAUGCCAUGGAUGUUUUGUUUACUACUCUGCUCCAGGAAAGACAGCUUCUCUUCCUUAUAGCCAGCAGCUAACUCACAUUCCUGCUGACAACAGAGAAAAUAGGUGUGUGUCAGCUGACAGCUGUGGGAUGCUAGCAUGGUAACUUUUGGGGAUUAACAAACAGAUUCUGCGCUGCUAAAUUAGCGUUUGUCGAGGCGGCGGGUGGCGUGAGAGUGCGGCGGUAGUAAUGUGGCCAAGGAGAGGGGCGUUUACAUAAAAAAAAAAAAAACAAAAAACACCCGAGUGUCUGUUUUAGCGUUAGCGAGCUAGCAGCUAUCUCUGUAGCAACCGUAGCUAGCGGGCUGUGACAGCUCCCAUGGACGGCGUAAAAGUGUGAACACCCCGCAGGCGGCUCACGCUAAGAUAAAUGUUGGCUCAAUGGCAAAAACUGAGCUGAGGAAUGGACUUUAUUUGCGAGACAGCACGGAGAAGCUGACAGAAAAUGGGACAGCCACCUCGCACGGUUCAGACGCAGAGGUAAACGGCAAUGUCGUCCCCGGAGAGACCCAGGUGGACAAGUACGGAUUCACAGGAGGAGGCCAGCAGUACUCCGAAGACUCUGCUGAAGAGGUCCCCAUUGAGGUGUUGAGACAGCGGGAGGCAAAAUGGCUGGAGAUGCUCAGCAGCUGGGACAAGUGGAUGGCCAAAAAAUACAAGAAGGUGAAAGAGCGCUGUCAGAAGGGGAUCCCUCCUUCCCUGCGGGGCCGAGCCUGGCUCUACCUCUCUGGGGGGAAAGUGAAAAGGGAGCAAAACCCGGGCAAGUUCCAGAAACUGGAUGAGCAGCCAGGAGAUCCCAAAUGGGUUGAUAUCAUUGAGCGGGACCUUCAUCGACAGUUCCCUUUCCACGAAAUGUUUGCGGCGAGAGGAGGUCAUGGGCAGCAGGACCUGUUUCGUGUGCUGAAGGCUUAUACUCUGCAUCGGCCUGAAGAGGGUUACUGCCAGGCUCAGGCUCCCAUCGCUGCUGUACUCUUGAUGCAUAUGCCAGCUGAGGAUGCUUUCUGGGUUCUCGUCCAGAUUUGUGAAAAAUACAUUCCUGGAUACUACAGUGCAGGGCUGGAGGCAAUCCAGCUGGACGGGGAGAUCCUCUAUGCUCUGCUGCAUCAGGUUUCCUCUGUGGCCUACCGCCACUUAAAGAAACAGAAGCUGGAGCCCACCCUGUGCAUGACAGAGUGGUUCAUGUGCAUCUUCUCUCGGACUCUGCCGUGGGCCUCGGUGCUGCGUGUCUGGGACAUGUUCCUGUGUGAAGGAGUGAAGAUCCUCUUCAAAGUGGGCCUGGUUCUCCUGAAAUGCACGUUGGGAACGCAGCAGAAACUAAAUGAUUGUCAAGGUCUCUAUGAGACAAUGGAGCUACUCCGAGCUAUAAAGCCGCAGUACAUGCAAGAAAGUUUCCUGGUGCAUGAGAUUAUGGAGUUAUCCGUAUCCGAGACAAAGAUUGAGAAGGAGCACAAUGCUCAGCUCCGGCGCUGGAAGGAGAGUCAUGGAGACCUGCACUGCAAGUCCCCUCCCAGGAUGCAUGGAGCUAAAGCCAUCAUGACCUCUGAGCCUGUCAGCAAACAACACCUGAAACAGAGACCUACUAUCAUCGUGGAGUCUCCCCUGGCACCCAAGACAGGUGGGGAGCAAGCAGAGGAUGCCACAAGAAAUGGAAAGAGUAAAAAGGAAGCUGAGACAAAGACGACACUCCCUCCAGAGGAGUUGGUUAAUCCUUACGCUCCCCCCCCUGACCACUCACCUCUCCUCGAACACACAACCAUACAGGAGUCCAAGGAGAGUCUGAGCAGUUUAGAGCAGGACACCUACCUGUAGCAGGGGAAUAUUUACCGCAGUUUACAAACAUCGAUCAUUCCAUACAGGCCUACCUGAGCAGUGACAUAAACCUUUCAGUAGAUCUGGACCAAGUAAUAAAACAGUUUUAGGAAUUUUUAUAGUCGGUUUGUAAAAUUGAACGUCUCACCACGAUUCACACUGCGAAACAGCUGCUGUAAUUCUCAACAUUUUCUGUAUCACUUUACUUAAGCAGGUUCUGCAUUUUUACCCACAGCCACGAACUUUUAAGAUGAAACGGUGGUAACAUUUUUACAUUUGAAAAUGGAAAUCAGAUGUGUAAUUUCCAGGGAGCAACAACAGAUGGCGACAGUGAGCGCCCCUGCCCCACAAGUUUUAAUCCUGUGGAGCAGGGGUCUCGAACUCGUGGCUCUUUAGCUCAUCUCUGGUGGCUCCCUAUGGCUUAAAAAACACUAGAUGAACAUGAAAACGGUUCUAAUUUUGCUGAACCUCAGUAGCAAUGGCUAUCACUGAUGUAGUCUUGAGUUCACCUAGAUAGCUAAAAUCUAAAAGAAAAUACCCUGUGGAGGAGAAAAAUAAAUUUGAGUGUGCAUGCACAGAUUUAUGUGCUUUCACCUACAGUGCCGCUGCCUUACUGGUAUGCUUGAUCCACUGCUGGAAUUGAAGCUUUCCUCCUUUUUUUUUUUUUUGGCUUAUUUUUACUAGAUUUAAAGGUAUUAUGUAAGCUGCUGCUUUUUAGGUCAAAGUAGGCUCAUUUUUUAUUCAAUUCAUUUGACUAAAUUGGGUUCUGCAGCGCUUUAAGGUGCCAUUGUUUCAAAGUCAACCUAAACAUGCUCAGAAUUUUUUUUUUUUUCUUCACUUCUCGACUGUCCAGUUUUGCUGGUAAUAAAAAAUAAGUUUUAGUUUUAGUUGCAUUAUUCCAUAAAUUAAACUAAAGCAUAUUUUUAUAAUCUAAAUCCAGCUUUAAAGUACUAAAUAAUCAUUAAUGGCCUACUGUAGAAUAAGUCACAUUUGGUAAAAGAUUUUAACUACACCUGUUAGUAAUGUUGAUAGGCUCACUUACGCUUAACAGGCUGUGCCGCUUCCAUUAAGAUAAGAGAAUAUAUAUUUUAUUUAUGGCUCCAUACAGAUUUUUGGGGGCCUAGAACUGCUUUAAAACUGCUCUUUUGAUAGAAAAGUUUGCCGAUCUCUGCCUUUGGGAGAACGAAGCUUGUGGCUAACUGUUAACACCUCCUGCUCUUUACCUCUUAAAAGCAGCGCUCUGAUUAUCUCCUCUCUUUCAAAAGAUGUAAAGACUGAGUCCUCAUUGAGGUCUUUUCAGGAGCACUUUGCUUUUUUUUCCAGUCUUCCUUUUUGCCUACAUCAGUCGCCAUGUUGACACUGCGUAGAUCCUGCUUCGCUGGUCUCAGUUAAUCGCACUAAAUCACAGAUGCACAGUUUAUCCGUGUGCUCAGUGGGGUCUGUGGUGCUGAGUUGAUCUCUGCUGUCACUGAACACUAGAGGGCGUCCUGAGAUGUGAUUAUCUCUCGGCCUCCAGCAGUGAGCAGCAGCCCUAGUCUUAACAACAACAACAAAAUGCACACAAGCUGUUUGACACUCAAAUCAAGGAUGAUUGUUCAGGGACAUUUUGUGCCACUAAGCCAAAGAUUUGUAAUGCAUAUUUUUUAAAGAUGUAUUCAUGAAGGUAAUUCAGUUGUGUCUGACAGUAUUGUCAGUUUGGGAGCGCGUGGAGUUUAUAUUUAUGUUGUAAAUGAAACGUGGUCAGUUUUGAAUAAUAAGCUGUUUUUGUACAAUCAUACUUAAAAGGUUUACGGUUUCAUCUGCUUUAAAUUUAACAAAUUAUUCUCAUAAAAUAAAAAAAGGAGAGCACUAGAAGAUUUUUAUUUUUUUUCUAAAAUCUAAUUUGUACCAAAAUGUAGAUUUCCUCCUGAAACCAGAAACCUACUGAAGAGUUUGAAAAUAAGUUAGUUUUUCAGACAAAAUCAAAGCAGUUGCAAGACAAAAGUUUACUGUAAGAGCGACAGAAGCCGAUGGAGCCGUAAACCUUUGAUGGUGAAGUGUAAAUACUCGUAUAACACAGAGAUGUUGCAAAUGAAGAAACUGUUAAACAGUCGACUUUUAACAUUACCAGCACAAGAUGUGGCUCUGCUCGGAGUCACAACCGUACAUUUUGAGGUAUUUUCAGUCAAAGAUUUUAUGAUUGAAAAAAUGGUUGUGGGUAUAUGUUUUGUUUUUAAGUAUAUGCUACGGGUUUAUUUUCUGUUAGGAAGCACUGUUUACUUGUGAUGUCCUCCGACUUUAUAAAGUCACACUGAAGAUUUUAAAACUUACAUUUUUAAGUAUUAUUAUUUUUUUUUUUUGUUCUUUUUGUUUGUUUUACAACACACACUUCAACAGUUUCUGCACACAGAUCUUUAACCGUCAUGAAGAGCUGAGCUCGAUCUGGGGAAGUGAUGUGAACGAGGCGUUAACCAGUCAUUUUAAAUAAGAGUUUUCUCCAAAAUCCACCAGAAUGUAUAAAAUGUACACUCCAUUAAGUUGCUAAGAUGCUGCUUAUUGUUAGUCAUUGCAACAGUUAUAUUUUGGGAAAAAAUAGCAUUUAUUUUGAUAGGAGCAUGUAAAUUUCUUAUAUUAUGCCUCAUUUGAUCUAAAAUGUGUAAAUAUUUUCCACCAAAGUCCAUUCAAAUCAAUAAAACUUGAACCUGGA